GCCUGAUAAGUAUUUAAUUCUAGAUCAGUGCAAACGGAUUGUGCGUGUGAGCUGCGUUCAUUAUGAUUCGGGGGAUAUACGGAUAUUGAUUGCAUUUUUUUGGAGAAGCCUUUGAGACUUCCUGAAGGCUCCGCAGGGUCAGACUGGUCACCCGCUAGUCGUGCACGGACCCACUGCUCCCAGUUUGUCAACCUGCUGACUCGCAUCUCCUGCUGGUCGUCGCGUCAGGGUGAUAACUUCACUUGGAAACAAGUUCGGAUGUGGCAAGCAAACUGCAGACGGAUGCAUAAUUUAGCAGACUGGAUUUCCGGGACAGUGAUGGGAGGCUGUGUGGGGAGGAGUAGGAUGGAUGGACAAGGGAGUGCCCGAAGCUCGACAAGGAGCAAAAAACGUGGAGGACGCAAUGAGCCCCUCAAGAAGGAGCGCCCAAAGUGGAAGAGUGAGUACCCAAUGACGGAGGGUCAGCUGAGGAGUAAGAGGGAUGAGUUUUGGGACACAGCUCCUGCCUUUGAUGGACGGAAAGAGAUCUGGGACGCACUCAGAGCAGCAGCCCUGGCUGCGGAGUGCAAUGACCUGGAGCUCGCACAGGCUAUAGUGGACGGAGCCUGCAUUACCCUGCCACACGGCUCCCUCACAGAGAGCUAUGAUGAACUGGGCAACCGCUACCAGCUCCCAGCCUACACUCUAGCCCCGCCUGUCAAUCUCAUCUCUGAAACAUCCAGUGAGUGCAAAGUCUCUGACUCCACACAAAAACAGGCUCAACCUCCGCCGUGUAGACAAGAGUUCCAGCUGCGGGUACGAUUGUCAUCAGGGAAGGACGUGCGUCUGACAGCCAGCAUGGCGGACUCCAUCGCUGAGCUAAAGAAGCAGUUGGAAGAACAGGAAGAAAUCGACGUGGCCCGCCAGAGGUGGUUCUUUUCCGGGAAGCUCCUGACUGACAAGACUCGUCUACAAGACGCCAAGAUCCAGAAGGACUUUGUGGUCCAAGUGAUCGUCAAUACGAACCCUCCAGUCAUAGCUAACUGAGGAGGGAGACAGAGAUAUAAAGAGAAGAAAAUAUAAAGGACGUGCCAGAGAGGGGGACAGGAAUAGAAGUAGGGCUUGAAAUUAUUUUCCAGUUGGCAAUGCAGUGGAAUUUUGUGUACAUUUUUAUAUAAGAAAUUAUUGCUUUUAUAUUGCUCCGUUUUGUAUUUUUUUCCUUUUUCCAAAUGAAGUAAAAAAUAUUAAAAAGCACUGAAACACUUUAGAUUAAAAAUAGAGUCCUAAGAUGCGCAUCCCAUUGUCUGUCUGUCUGUCCGUCUGUCUGUCUGUUUGUGUGGACAUCAACUUACAGCUCUAUUGUUUACACUGGUCCCCCUCCUCAUCAUGUGUGUUUGUACUUGUGCUUAAACUGAAUAAGGAAAACCAAUUCCUUUUCUUUUCUUUUUAAAGAUUUCUGUCAUGCGAUCUGAGAAGUAGUGUAAGGAUGGCAGAAAACCAUAGGGGAAAAAGAAAAAUGUAAAUACCAGUUUCUAUGUGUGUUGUUUGGUCAUGUAAUUGUGCACAUUUUCAAUUCACAACUGUAUACUUGUAAUGAAGACACGGAAUGUAUUGAAGGCACCUUUCUAAAAGGAAAUAAUAAGAGACGAUCAGGUUUGUUUUUUUAUUUUGUCACUCCAAACAAGAUACUGUAGUCGUAUGUACAAUAUGAUGCUCACUGUACUUGAAUAACUUAUCAAUAAAUAUUGGAAAAUUGAA